CCCGGCGGCCUCGCCAGCGGAAUUUCGGGCUCGGCCCGGGGGGACGGAUCCGCACCGAGGGGGUCCCCGAGCCCCCUGCCCACCCCUGGGGCCGAUCGGGGGCUCCCCGCACCCAGCAGCCGGUGCUGCGGCGGCCGCGGGGCAGAGGGGUGGGAAAGGGAGCUCCGGGCUGGGAGCGGAGGGAAUGCGGGAGGAAGAGGAGGGACAGGAGGAGAAGGAGGAGGAGCAGCAGGAACAGGAGCAGGAGAAUCCCGCCGCUCGCACCGCUCGCACGCUGGGUCUGCAGCACCCCCUGCCCCGGGAGCAUCGCCCCCAGCCCCGAACCGCAGGAUUUCUCAUUCCCAAACCUUGGCUGGAUGGAGGAGGAGGAGGCUGCGAGGAAGAGGAAGAUGCCCCAGGACACCCAGGCAGAGCAGGAGCUGAGGAUGGAGCCCAGGGAGGACAAAUCCCCACGGCAGAACCUCCUGGAAGAGGCCGUUUUGUGCGGCUCCACGGUGCAGGAACCCAAUAAGGAGGAAAAGCCCCGGAGAUGCCGCAUGAGGAGGGGCUGCAAAUGCAGAUUGCAGGGAUCUGAAGAGGAAAGGCCCAUCCUGGGUCAGGAAGGUGGGCAGAGCUUCAGCCAGAGCUCGGAGCUGGUGGUCCAUGAGCAGCUUCAUGACAGGGAGAGGCCCUACAAGUGCUUGGAGUGUGGGAAGGGCUUCAGGAGGAGUUUCAAUCUGAUCUGCCACCAGAGGAUCCACACUGGGGAAUGGCCCUAUGAGUGCUUGGAAUGUGGGAAGGGCUUCAAGCACAACUCCACCCUUGUCACCCACCGGCGCAUCCACACCGGGGAGAGGCCCUACGAGUGUCCCCAGUGUGGGAAGACCUUCUCAGACUGCUCACUCUUUACCCGACAGCAACAGUGGCACCGGUAAGGGAAGCCCUGCGAGAGCCCCUCCUGCAGGAAGAGCUUCGUGCGCUGCUCCAGCUUCAACUCCCCAUCAGAGGACCCCCACUGGUCAGAGCCCUGGUGACCCACAUUCCCUGUGAUACACAGAGGGAAGUGGCUGCUGUUCCUUUUAUCUUGUCUCUUAUUAUCUUUUAUCUUCCUCCUUCAAAACACAGAAAAUUGGGGUAAAAAUCAACAAAUUUAUCAAAGGCA